AUGGCCCGUUUUCCUCUUCUUGGUCGUUUACGUCUUUCGGAGUAUGGCCAUCUCAUCCUCGGUUCAAUCCUCCUGAUUCUCGAAUCCUUCUUCCGUAUCGCUACCUACCUGCUGCCGGAAUUUAUAGUCGACUGGUUCUAUCAACGCUCGCGUCAACUGUGGCACACUAUAACCGGACAGAGGCAAACCACAGAGUUACCCAAAUCGCAGCAAGAUCACCGGGAACUUGUAGAGAGGGUGAGGGCUGCUGUGGACUUUGAAGAACUGUGCAAUAUUUGGGGCUAUGUUCCGGAGGAACAUGUCGUGCAGACGAAAGAUGGGUAUUUGUUGGCUAUGCAUAGGUUGCCGUGCAAGAAAGGCGAGAAAAAGGCGAGACCGGGAACAACGACAGGCAAACCAGUGGUUUACCUCCAUCACGGUCUAUUGAUGAACAGCGAAGUCUGGGUCUGUGUUACCGCUGAAGAACGUUGCCUUCCUUUCGUGCUCGCCGAAGCAGGGUACGACGUUUGGCUUGGCAAUAACCGCGGGAACAAGUAUUCGCGCAAGACGGCACACAUGGGCAACGUGCAUACAGACGGUUUCUGGGACUACUCGAUCGACGAAUUCUGUCUGUUCGAUAUUCCAGAUUCGAUACACUACAUUCUGAAGGCUGCCAAGGUCGACAAGCUCAGCUAUAUUGGAUUUAGCCAAGGAUCCGCGCAGGCAUUUGCAGCGCUCAGUGUGCACCCGGACCUGAACGAGGUCGUGGAUAUUUUCGUCGCUCUCGCACCUGCUAUGGCACCUCCCGGCCUGUCCUCGCCCAUUGUAGACGCGCUCACAAAAGCAUCGCCGUCGCUUAUGUAUCUCUUCUUCGGCCGGCGCGCUAUCCUUUCCUCCGCUACCUUCUGGCAAUCCGUCUUAUAUCCACCCAUCUUCGUCAAGAUGAUCGAUAUCGGUCUCGUUCAACUAUUCAACUGGCGCUCUCGCAACAUCACCCAGUCCCAGAAGAUCGCUGCCUAUGCCCACUUGUACAGUUUCACAAGCGUCAAGUCCGUCGUACAUUGGUUCCAGAUCAUGCGCAACCAGAAAUUCCAGAUGUAUGAUGAAGAUUUCGAAGGACCGAGCAUGGCACUGUCGAGGAGAAGUUUCUUCCAUCCAGCUCGGUUCCCGACCCGGAAUAUUAUGACUCCUAUCGUGCUUCUGUACGGCGAGAGCGACAGCUUGGUUGACAUUGAUGUCAUGCUGAAAGAACUGCCUGAGCACACGGUGGCUAUCGGGAUACCGGGUCAUGAGCACGUUGAUAUGCUCUGGGGCGAAGAUGUGCACAAGCUCAUUAUUCCUCGCGUUCUUGAUGCCCUUAAGGAGAUACAUGCGCCGCGUGGAGACGUGGACCAGGGAGAGACAGUUCAGGGGCAUGAAGUGAUAAAAGCACACGCAGAUUAG